AUGUGCAAGCAUAUUACUAACGCCCAAGUCUCAAUCCGAACACAAUGCUGUCGAAAGUGGUAUGACUGUCCACAGUGCCACGAGGAAGCCGAAGACCACCCACUUCGAAAGACGACAGAAAUGACCUUUGCAUGCAAAAAGUGUCGAAAGGCGUUCCGAAAAGAUCUCACGGACUUUGACGAAGCAGACAGCUUUUGUCCUUACUGCGACAACAACUUCAUGAUCCCAGCAGAAACUCCAGAGACCAAGCAGCUGGACGCGAUAGCCGAGGGCACACACGAGAUCCGACUUCCCGGCAGCGGAGACAAGAUUCUCGAUUCUCGUAUGAUGAGAAAGGAAGACAUUCCUCAAGAUCUGUGGGAUGAGCUGGAUAACAUCUAA